UCUGCCAGUCUGGAAAAUCGGUGUUGGCAAACUUUGUUUCGGAGAGCACGGAAGGGAUUGGCAGCUACAGCCCGACGCAAGGUGUAAGGAUCCUGGAGUAUGAGAAGCCAAACUUGAACGGGAACAGCAAGGGAGCUGGGUGUCGAUUUGAGCUGUGGGAUUGCAGUGGUGAUCAAAAGUUUGAAACAUGCUGGCCAGCUCUGAUGAAGGACUCUCAUGGCGUAAUAAUAAUCUUCAAUCCUGAGCUGCCCAGUCACCUGAAAGAAAUUGAAAUGUGGUACUCCUGUUUCGUGCAGCAGCAGCCACUGCUUGAUAGUCAGUGUCUCCUAGUUGCACAUCACAAGCCAGGCAGCGCAGGGGACACAGAAAAUCUCUCCUUGGCUUACCCACUGAACAAGCUAAAACUAAUACAUUCCAACUUAGAAGAAGAUCCUGAAGAUGUUCGGAUGGAAUUUAUGAAAUACUUCAGAAGCAUUAUCACGUUAAUAAAUGAGAGCAGAGAGAGGGAAGAAAUGUCAAUUAUCUCGUAACAUUAAAAGAAAUACCAAACAGGGAAGAAAAAUUAUUAUUUUCACUUUGUAAGCUAUACUAGCCUGUGAACAGGUCUUCACAAUGAGAAUUUGCCAGCCUAUAAACACUUCAGCCUAUAAACAAGUGCUGACAUCAGAUGAACUGUGGUGCCAGAGAUGGCUGCACAUCCAGGAAUUUGGGUAACUUUAGCUGCACUUUGGUUUCAUUUGGCAUCAGAGGUACAGGAAGGCAUUGUUUAAUAUGUUAGUGUGGACCAAAAGAUAAAGGUAUGGGUCAUGACUUCAGAAUUCCUUUUUG